AUGGGUGACCCUAGUGGAUCUCCCAAGAACAACAACCCGGUUGACGAUGUCAGAGAGGAGCUCAACGAGGCCAUGCCUCCGGUCGCACGAAGUGCUAUCAUUCGAGAGACCCUUAGAGCCGCCAGCAGGGACGGGGAACUCACAAUAACCGAUGUCACCGUGACCAGUGUUGACGCAGCUGGCCUUGGUGUACCUGAAUAUCCGAGAUCACCCCCAGAAGGCUCACCUGCGCGGGCUGGACAAGUUCACGUCAUGAACACGCAUCCCCUUGUCAGCUCCCAUUCGGAUGUCAGCCCAGGCCUCGAGGUUAUCCAGAGAUCUCGCUCGGUUAGGGUAUACAAUGACGCUGGCGAAGCCACGCCGUUUGGAGAUCUGUUGGAUCAAGUGCGAACACCGGCAACAAAUAAACUCAUGACCAUUUUCCUUCGACACUUCUUCUGUGGUUCCUGUCAAGAAUAUGUCCGCGCUCUCUCAAAGGCAUUCCCGAACCCAGACCAGGAUCUUCCAGAUGGCUGCAAGAUAGUGCUCAUUGGAUGUGGUGCGCAUACUCUGAUCAGUCAAUACAGAGCCUCUACCGGAUGCCCUUUUGAGAUUUACUCUGACCCAACCGCACAACUGUUCAGCAUCUUUGCCAUGAGACGUACCCUCGACAUGGGCAAGCAUUCCCCAGCUUUCACUAAACGGUCCAUGAUGUCCAUGACUAUGUCAGGUAUCAAGCAGGGCCUCAAGCGCAUUUUCAAGGGAGACGCUUUCAAAUCAGGACGUCCAAAUCAAAACGGAGGCGAAAUCCUAUUUGAAUUUGAGCGAGAACAGGCUGGCCGAGCGAUAGGGAUGUUGGCCAUUCGCGCUACCUGGUGCCACAUUAUGAAGACGACUCUUGAUCAUGCACCUAUAGAAGUCCUCAGGAGGGUCCUUGGUAUGCCACUGUCAGAAGAAGAAGCUGCCAAUGCGCCCCGGGCUAUAGCUGCUGCACCGCUGGGGAGUUUGUUGUAG